AUGAGCAAAACCAUUGCAUUCUUUGGCGCAAGCGGAGGAGUCGGCCUUGCAACCCUCAAGCACACCCUCGCAGCCGGGCACCACUGCAUUGCACUAUGCCGCGUCCCCUCCAAACUAAGCACUCUCUUUCCCGCCUCCACAACACCAAACCUGACCAUCGUGGCCGGCAACGCCCACGACGAGGCCGCCGUAUCCAAGUGUCUAGUCGCAUCGUCUGGGAAAUUGGUCGAUACAAUCGUGUUCACGAUUGGCGCGUCGCCCGUUAUGAAAGGCAUGCUGCCCUCUAUCGACGACCCGGAAGUAUGCCAAAAGGGCAUGGCGACGCUCGUCUCAACCCUUAACUCGCUGCGGGGGACUGGGGUAGCGGGGGCUCCGCAUGUAAUCGUGUGCAGCACGACGGGGAUGUCGAAAUUCGGGCGCGAUAUCCCGCUCGCGAUGGUGCCGCUGUAUCACGUGGGGCUCAAGGUGCCUCAUCAGGACAAGGCGAUCAUGGAGGAGCGGCUGGUGGCGAGCGGGGAGGGGUUUACGAUUAUCCGGCCGAGUCUGCUUGUUAAUGGGGCGUCGGAUAAGAAGAUUCGUGUGGGCAUUGAGGAUCCGAAGACGGGGAGGGAGAGCAAGGCUAUUGGGUAUGCGAUUUCGAGGGAGGAUGUGGGGAAGUGGGUUGCUGAGUCGCUGAUUUUGCAGAGGGAUGCAAAUUAUGAUAACAAGAUUGCUAUGAUUACUUGGUAA